AACAAACUAAGACGGCCAUAUCUAUUUAACAUCACAAAAACUUCUGCUUUUUAACAAAAUCAUUUAUAACUUAAAAUGGAAUAUACACAAAUAUCUGACGGGCAGUACACAAAAACUAUUUAUACAAUGAUAAAAGAAUGCAGAUACGAAGAUGCAAUUAAAACUUUGAAUGAGGCUAUAAAUUUUAACCCCAACAGAGCCGGUCUGUCCCUCCUGGGUUAUUGCUAUUUUAGAACACAAUCGUUUGUAGAAGCAGCGAACUGCUAUGAACAGUUAGCUGCUAUGCAUCCCGAUGUACCAGAGUACAAACUAUACUUUGCUCAGGCGUUAUACGAAGCUUCAAUGUUCGACGAGGCGUAUAAGGUAACUAUGCAGAUAACCGCACCUGAGUUGGAGAAGAAAGUAACAAAGUUACAAUCCGCGAUUAAAUACGGCGAAGAAGAUACAAUAACAGCAAAAAGUCUGGUAGAUUCAUAUCCACAAGAUGAUCCUGAUAAAGACAUCAACUUGGGAUGCUUAUUGUACAAAGAAAAUCAAUUUGAAGAAGCCCUCCAGAAAUUUUCAAGAAGUCUUAAUAUAUUGGGUUUUAAUGCUCAUUUACAUUACAACAUAGCGUUGUGCUACUUUAGACUUAAGGAGUAUCCCCAAGCAUUAAAGCACAUAACGUUAGUUAUUGAGAAGGGAAUUCGCGAUCAUCCUGAGUUAGCAGUAGGUAUGCAAGCUGAAACAUCAGAAGUAAAAUCGGUUGGCAAUACUUUGACACUACAUGAAACGGCUUUAACUGAAGUGUUUAACUUAAAAGCUGCUAUCGAAUACCAGUUAAAGAAUACUGAAGCAGCUAGAGAAGCUUUAUCUGAUAUGCCUCCUAGACAUGAACACGAAUUAGAUGCCGUAACACUUCACAAUCUGGCUCUUACAUCAAUUGAUGUUAAACCAAACGACGGAUUCGAAAAACUGCACUUUCUUCUGCAACAAGACCCAUUUCCGCCAGAAACUUUUGCUAAUUUACUGCUUUUAUAUUGCAAGUUUGAAUAUUACGAUCUGGCAGCAGACAUACUAGCUGAAAAUGCACAAUUUACAUAUAAAUAUCUCACGCCUUACCAAUACGAUUUCUUAGACGCGAUAAUUACAAGCCAAACAUCACCUGAAGAAGCAUUCCAAAAAUAUGAAGAUAUUGCCUCUAAGCAUGCGGAACAGUUAAGAAAACUUACAAAAGUUGUACAAGAGAGCAGGUCCCAGGGUGACAAUGACCAAGUAAAGAAAGCUGUGGUGGAAUAUGAAGAAGCCUUAGAAAGAUAUAUUCCAGUAGUAAUGGCUCAAGCAAAAAUAUAUUGGGACAUGGAAAAUUACGGGCAAGUCGAAAAAAUAUUUCGAAAAUCGGUAGAAUUUUGCAACGAAUCAGAUGUGUGGCGUCUUAACGUAGCCCACGUUUUAUUUAUGCAAGAAAACAAAUACAAAGAGGCAGCUAGUUUUUACGAACCGAUCGUCAAGAAACAAUAUGAUAAUAUUUUAGAUGUCAGUGCAGUAGUCUUAGCUAAUUUGUGCGUGUCGUAUAUCAUGACAUCACAAAAUGAGGAGGCUGAAGAUAUUAUGCGAAAAAUUGAGAAGGAGGAAGAACAGCAAAUAUUUGAAGAUCCUCAUAAGAAGUUCUAUCACCUGUGCAUUGUAAAUCUUGUUAUAGGAACCUUGUAUUGUGCUAAGGGUAAUUACGAAUUUGGCAUUUCGAGAGUUAUCAAAUCAUUGGAACCUUUUAAUAAGCGUUUAGGCACCGAUACCUGGUUUUACGCAAAGAGAUGUUUCUUAUCUUUUUUAGAAAAUCUUGCGAAGCAUCUGAUAGUUGUUAAGGAUAACACAAUUAAAGAUUGUUUACAAUUUCUCGAAGGUUGUGAAACAUAUGGCAGAAGUGUUAGUACUGUCAUAGAAACUCCGUUUCAAGAAGAAGAUGCAAAUAACAAAGCUAAGCAAACAGUUACGUAUGAAGCUCGGCUUUUACGUUACAUGUUCUUUAAAUUACGAAGCAUUGAUGAUUCUGUGACCAUAAAUAAAUAUGAAGAUUUAAAAUGA